GCACCUGGAAGAAGAGCAUCAAGUACGACUGCAGGAAGAAGCUGGCCGACGACCGUCCGCGUAUCAAGGGCAGGUUCGUGCGUGUGCUAGAGAACGCCACCGAGACCAAGCCUGCCGCCCCGGCGCCUCGCAGUGCCUCGCCGCCGAGCUCCGCGUCCGCUGGGUACGCGUCCCCAACGCCUCCCACCGGCGCGGCGGCUCCGCCGGCAAUGGCACCCUCGGUCAAGGCCCCCGUGGCUGCAGUACCCCGUGUGGUGGCAUCUUGCGCGUCCACAUUGGCAGCUGCAGCAGCGGUUAAGCAGACUCCUGUCGCGUCAGUGGCCAAGCCCGCGCCCGUAGCAGCAGCACCACCAGCAACAAGUGCAGCAGCACUACCGUUCGCGCGUAUGAUCGCGAGCGUGUGACGAGCCCCGCGGCAGUUGUGGGAUUGCCGAGCGCGGGAGCAACCUGAUGUAUGACAAGCUUCGCAAUGGAGGCAGGACUAAGUAUGAUAUGAUAGUGUAGACAAAGCUGUUUUGGCGCAAUGGUGCCGAAGCUGAAGACAUCGCUGGCGAAAGAAAAUAUAACACCACUCGCAGAGGUGAAACAUACCGCACCGCGCCGCCGACACGAAGCGGCGGCGGAGGUAGCGGGUGCGCAAAGCCGCAAAGCUCGAUGAAACGUCGACUUUACAGCGCGUGGUGGUGCACGAGACAACCAGAACGCGCGGCAUGCGGCAACAAAGUGCAGCACUGACAAGAGGAGUCAGUGCGCUGGCAUAGAGCGACGAGCUGGUUACGCCGUCAAUUGACGUAGUAAGUCACCAGCUUGGUGGCAAUGGCAAAGAGACCACCGGAAAUGCAAGUCGAGCAUUGCGCAUCGGAGACCAUGCGGGGGAUGCUGUAGAUGCUUGAAGCUCGCGCAAAAAGCGUUUUUUUUCAAACGUGAUGCUGUCGACGCGACUGCAGUGAUAGACACGCACCCGGCAACGGGAAAAAGAACUUUCCCGUCGAAAAAAGCAAAAGGGUAGGGGCCGACCGCCCAAUCGACUGGACAUUGACGACCUGCGGGGUAAUGUCGCCUGAAGGUUGCGCGCGGAAUGUUCUUUCUGUGUGCGGUGCUCCUCUGAGCGCCCAUCCCGAUCAACGAAAAAAGCACGCAUUUCACGGCAAAAAAACAUAACUGUGUGAUGUUGUGCACACAAAAAUGUGACGUGGCGCUUGGUAUCAUCGAGGCAACUCAGACUGAAGUGCAUGCAGCUUGCCGCCACCAGGUGACGGCACUUUGACCGGAAGCAACCUCUUUUACUCUGUCUGCUGGCAUUCGACAUCGUAGUCGGGUGAGCUCAGGCGCAGCUUGCUUAAGCCUGCAAAGAUGCCACGCCCAACACCCUAACCUAGGAUUCCCAGGUAUGGUCCGCCCUCGGCCUUGCCUUCGAGUCCAAUGUUGCAAGCGUUAGACGACAUCACGGCGGUUGAAAUUUGCGUAGCGAAGCGGUGGACCACAUGCAGUCCUUUGCGAACUGCAGUUAGCGAGAGCCCAUGCUGGUGGCGCUUGAAAAAGAAUUUUCGUAAUGGUCUGUUGCUACUAUUCUGCUGUGCGGCCUUAGCUCAAACACCGCAACAACAGAACGUAUCCUCCAUGAGCAGAGAUGAUCUCUCAUUGCUUUCAUAACCCCGAUGACACCCACGCCGAGCUCUCACCCGCAGCCGAGACCGAGCGCGCGCGUCAACAUCGCGUUAAAAAAUCUUUAUCCCCGGAGGUUUCACUCCGCUGCGCGUGGGUUGCCACCACCUAAACAGCAGCCAGCCCCAUGCCUCCAUACAGCCAGGCACGUCCAUCUGAUAGCCUCUCCAACGGGAGAGGCACCACACUCCCAAUUGCCGCUAGGGACGCUGGUGCGACCCUUUUUCACUUGCCUCCACUAUGCCCCGCCCGAUUGCCCAAUAGCGUUUCUUCUCCAUCCACCGACCGCUUUGCCUAAACAUCGGAGACCGGCCGGCCACGCACGCAGCCCCAAGGUCUGUCAAUCACUCCGCCCCCCAUGAGCUCGAGCGCCUGCCGCUUCUUCCAGUCGCCGCAGGGCUGCUUCCGCGGCGCCUCGUGCACCUUCCGCCACGACGGCGAGCCGGACGACGUGCCCCUGAGCGCCGCCAACCCGUACGCCAACGGCUCCAUCCCCACGGCCUCCAGCCAGCCGCGCGCCUGCCGCUUCUUCCAGUCCGAGGGCGGGUGCCGCAACGGCAGCAGCUGCCCCUUCGGCCACGACGCGGGGUCCGCAGGCCCCGAGGCGCCCGAGUUCGCGCCCUACGACGAGCUGGUGGCGCCCCCGCUGCCGCAGGACUACCCCGUGGCCGUGGCCAGCGGCGGCGCCGUGUUCUACAACCACCCGGGGCUGCCCCCACCCAUGAUGAUGGUGCCGCCGGCGUCGUCGUCGUCGUCGGAGGUGGAGGGAGACGAGAAUGCAGCGACUGCGCCGACCAAUGGGGCGCCGCCCAGAAGGAAGCUGCAGAUCCAGGCCAACCCACAGAAGAAGGAGGUCAUCUGCGAGAUUCUGCCCGUGCUCACGAGAGACAUUGAAGGACCGGUACGUGGGGUGCAAGCUUUUUAUUGUUGGGGUGGUUGACUGAGAGUUUUUGUUGUUGUUUUGUUUGGUAUAAUAUUAUGAUGACUUUUUUGGCUUCUGUGUUGUUGGCAUUGGUUGCGGGUAGUUUUUCGCGAUUGACGUCGAGUGUGUUGCCACGGGCAACGGUACCAAGUAUGUUGGUUGAAGGAUUGAUUUUUUUAGUUGAAGUGGGAAUUUGGCGCUGACGUGAUACUCUUCGUUGUGCAGUGAUCGCGAUGUAGCGCGUAUUGCUGUGGUGGAUGAGGACGAGAAGGUCGUGUUUGACCAGUACGUCAAACCCACGAAGCCUAUCGUUAGCUACCUCACACAACUCACGGGAAUCACAGAGAGGUGCGUCUGGAAUGGAAAUAAUUCUCGAGUGAACUGCAACUUAGUUGAGGUUGUUUUAUUGUAUUGUGUGGCAGCAACCUGGAAGGG